AUGCCCGUCCAGUCCAAGCCCAUCCCCGCCCUCUACACGGUGUACAUACUCCGUUCCACCGUACGCCACGCGUCUCUCUACAUCGGCUCGACGCCCAACCCUCCGCGCCGUCUAAAGCAGCACAAUGGCGAGGCCCGCGGCGGCGCUGCUCGCACCUCCCGUCUGAGCCUGCGGCCCUGGGAGAUGGUGGGGCUGGUUUCCGGCUUCCCGGGCAUGGUUGCUGCUCUAAAGUUUGAAUGGGCGUUGACAAACCCGCAUCUUUCUCUGCAUAUACCCUCUACGUCCCGGAUCACCGUCUCGAACGGAGUUAAGAAGAACGGACGCCCCCGCCGGCCUCGUGCGAGCCUCUCCUCGAUCUUGUCCAACCUACAGCUCCUGCUAGGAGUACCAAGCUUUCGUCGGUGGCCGCUUACACUACAUUUCUUUGCAAAGGAUGUACACAAAGCAUGGGUUUCCUCCUCUGCCAACUCAACCGAGCCUCUGCGAAACACCCUCAACAUAGUCACCGACUUCGGCCCCGACCCCGCUGCAUCUUCAGACGGCGUCGCUUGGGGCAUCCAUGCUUUACCUGUGGACUACACAAACAUGAAGGCCUAUGUUGAAAAAGCACAGUCCAUCAAAGACUUUGAAAGAGAAGGCAACUGUGUCGUCUGCAAAGAAACACUCCCUCACGGUCAGGGAUUACACGCUGUAUGUCCAAACGAGUCUUGUGAGGGUGUUGGGCAUCUUGCAUGCUGGAGUCGUCAUAUGCUCCACAACGAAGAGGAUCGAGGAGUCGUAGUUCCUAUUCAGGGCUAUUGUCCACAAUGUGAGGGCCAGAUUCAGUGGGUUGAUAUGAUGAAAGAAUUGUCACUACGGGAAAGGGGUGCGAAAGAAAUCGAGGCUCUUCUGAAAGUGAAGAAGAGGCGAACGAAGACUUGA